UUCAAGCCAAUCAAGUCGCUCGAUCGACCCCACAUGACGAAUUUCUCUAGGUACCAUAGCCUUACGGCCAAUAAUAGGCUUCACAGGAAAACACGCACCUUCCGCAUGUCCGAGUUACGAUAUCUGCUUAUAGCAACACCACCAUCAUUAUCUACGACCCACCUCGCCUGAACUGCAAUCAGCGAGCCCUUGCGUUGCCACAAUACAGAGGACUACCAUGGACUUAUAUGAUACUUUACAGACUGAAUUCCCUCAAAUCGAUACUUCCCUUCUUGCAGCUAUCAUUGCAGACCAUGCGCAAGAAGGGGUCGACGCAACUCGCUCCUCCGACCAGGUCGAGACUAUACGAGAUAUAUUAAAGGUUCUCGCAAACCAGGCGCAGGAGGAUGAGUGCGAGCUAGACGACAUUAUGUCCACUACGUCUCUCACCACUCCAGACCUGUGCGACAGUAUAACGACCGCAAGUGAAUCAUCGUCAUCUCAGCACUCGUUCAGCUCACCACUUGGAUUCUUGCAAGAGGCUUUCUCGGACGUGCCUAUGGAACGCCUCAAGCGUCUACUGAGAGAAGAGUGUGGAGAAACCCUCGAGGGAGAUGGAGAUAUCGACAUGGAAAGAGUGGUGGAGUAUAUCUUAAACAUGGAACAUAUACGCGACCUUGAGGAGCGCGGAAUCGAUGCCCUUGAAGACACUCCUUCACCAUUGCUCAGUGGGGACUGGGAAACCGUCGUGCAUACGAAACCGAAAGUGACACCUAAGCUCGCCACGCCCACAAAAAAGAAGGCCAAGGGCCGCACGAUUAAAAUUGUGGAUAUGAUGCAGAUGCAGCACGCCCCCUCCUCUCCAACAAAGACGAAAGGGAUGCAAAAGGAGGGGGUGGCUAUGGGCGCGGGUGUGGACAUAUGGACGCAAGUUUCCUCGCUUUCUACCCAACUCGCUGCACUACUUCCUCCAGCCCCACCAUCUCAUUUUGCCUCCUUUUUCCACUCCCCAACGCACGCCACACCUGCGCACGCCCUCCGCGCUGCUCUCGCAGCCCUGCCCCCGACUUCUACUACCAGCGUCAAACACAAAGCAAAGCAAAAAAACCCUAUUAGGAAAUCUAAUGAAGAUGCAGAAACCAACACGCUAUCCGGCCUUCUCGACCUCCUCCAAGCCUCGCCUACUUUCGCCACUCUUGAUGCGGAACAACGUGAUACUUUGUACGCAGACGCUCGUGUCGCACUCUCUGCCGCACAGAACAGGCCGGAUGAUGCUCUAGAUAUCGUUUGGAUCUUGCGUGACCUCGAGCAUCCCGCAAGUCAAGCAGGAAUAUACCACCUCCCACCUCCGGUUCCAGCCUCAAAUUCGAAUUCUACUUCUGCACGUGCAAAGUUGCCAACCGGUCCCCCCGCUUGUGCAGGCUCCACCAACGUCGAAGCGGAAAUUUGCAUCCUCUCCUUCCAGUCCCACCACACCCCAAAUCCCGGGGUCAUGGCAAGACGUGCCAAUUCGAUCCUCCCGAACCACACAGCCCCUGGAGAACCCUAUCCCCACGAACAAGCGUAAACUCCACGGUGCGGGCAAUGUACUCGGCAAGGGCGGGAAGGGGGACAUUGGAGGGCUCCCCGGGAACGGGACAGGAGGGAACGUCCAUGUGGCGCGACAUGCACACUUUGCGCGCGGGAUACUCCAGGCGCGCUUACAGCGCGGAGAGCUGCUGCGCGAGGCGAGCCGGGCAUGGCGGGGGCCAUUGGGCGGGGAGGUGGCACUGUACUAUGCGCAGAGAGCGAGGAAGGUUACGGAGAAGGCACGGGAGGACGCGUUGGAUGAGGCAAGGGGGCUAGUUGAGGCGAAGAGGUGAGU